AUGUCUUCAAAACAGACUUUGACAGAGUGGAACAGUGGCCUCUUUGACUGCUGUCAAGACAAAACCUCUUGCUGCUAUGGUUUCUUUUGCUGCCCUUGUCUGGCCUGCUCGGUUGCAGGAAAAUUUGGAGAGAACCGAUGUCUCCCAUUGUGUGACAUUUGCAGUCCCGCUGUAUUGACAGCUUUUGGGAUCCCUCUGUUUGCACCUCCUGCAGCUUUAUCUCUCAGAGCGGGCAUUCGCAAUAGAUAUGGUGUCAAGGGCUCAUUGUGCAAGGAUAUCAUGUCCUCCUGUUUCUGCAUGUGGUGCACCUGGUGUCAAAUGCACCGUGAACUGAAGUAUCGCAAGAAAAACCCCACUGUCAUCAAUAUGCAGCCUGCACCCCUCUAA